AUGACGUCGCGGUCUAAGGAAAAGGUGGCAGCCGCUUUCCGGAAGUUGUUCCGAUCUCCAGAGAAGCUUGACAAUGACGGAGCUGGGCCCAGCGGCUCUCCGGCUCGGCGGGGCCUGCUGAGACGACACAGAGAUGGCGUGAGUCCUGCCGAAGCUACAGCAAGUCUACCGGCCAGCCCAGGCGCUACCGCGGGCGGUAAGAAGAAGGCCGCGGCUGCCAGCGAGGUGCGUGAGCGCGCCGCCGCUGUGCGCACGCGGCGACUCAUGAAGGAGCUCAAAGAGAUACAACGACUACAGGAGAGCCGACCCGACCCCGUAUUCACAGUGGAACUAGUUCAUGACAAUCUAUUCGAGUGGCACGUUCGGUUGCACCAGAUCGACCCUGAGAGCGAACUGGCGGGAGACCUGCGCGAGCUGCAGAUCUCUAACAUCCUGCUGCACCUCAUCUUCCCGGAGAACUUCCCCUUCGCACCACCCUUCAUGCGGGUCAUCGAACCGCGGAUAGAAAAGGGUUUCGUAAUGGAAGGGGGAGCAAUUUGCAUGGAACUGCUGACGCCGCGCGGCUGGGCGUCAGCGUACACCGUGGAGGCGGUGGUGAUGCAGUUCGCCGCGUCCGUGGUUAAGGGCCAGGGACGGGUGGCGCGCGCCCCGCCGCGGCCGUCGCGCGAGUUCUCUCGACGGCGGGCCGAAGAGGCGUUCCGGUCGCUUGUCAAGACACACGACAAAUAUGGCUGGGUCACGCCAGCGCUCUCGGACGGUUGA